AUGGAUACCAAAACCAACCCAAUGUUGGCGUUUAUAGUUGUUUUAUUGUGCCUAUUUCUCGAGUCCCGUAUCUCCUUUGCAGCUGACACCAUCACUGCAAACCAAUCUCUCUCCGGUGACCAGACAAUCGUCUCCAGGGAUUUUGAACUGGGGUUCUUCGAAUUAGGUGGCCGCCACUACAUGGGUACCUGGUAUUCCGGCCGAGUGGUAUCUGCGAGUACCAUAGUUUGGGUGGCAAAUAGGGAAAAACCUAUCUCUGAUAGAUUUUCAUCGGUGUUGAAGAUCAAAGAUGGCAAUUUAGUUCUCUUUAAUGAGGCCAAAACUCCAGUUUGGUCCACACAUUUGACCUCCACCACCACCUCUGCUUCUGUGCAAGCAGUUCUUUUAGAUAGUGGAAAUCUUGUCUUAAGAGCUCAUUCUAGUUCAUCUGAGUUUUUAUGGCAAAGCUUUGAUCAUCCAACCCAUACAUGGCUACCAGGAGCCAAGAUUGGAUUCAACAAUGUUACCAAUCAAACCCAAAUUCUCACUUCAUGGAAGAACUCACGGGACCCUGCACCAGGUCUUUACUCUCUUAAGCUAGACCGAAGCAAUUCAUAUAUCUUUCUGUGGAAUAGGUCUAGACAGUAUUUCAAUAGUGGAUCUUGGAAUGCAAGUUCAAAUCUUUUCAGCUUGGUUCCUGACAUGAGGCAUAAUUACGUCUACAACUACUGCUUUGUUUCAAAUGAAAACGGAAGUUAUUUCACCUAUUCGCUUUAUGAUCCUAAGAAAGCAUCUCCAUUCAUGAUGUCAGUAUUGGGGCAGGUUCAGCAACUAAUUUGGUUUACGCCUUCCAGGCCACGGAAAAUGUAUUGGUCUGAACCAAGACAGCAAUGUGCAGUUUAUGCUAUUUGCGGGGCAUUUGGGAGCUGCAAUGAAAAAUCCGGGGUCUUGUGUAAUUGUUUGAUGGGUUUUGAGCAGAGGUCGCCCCGGGAUUGGGCUUUGCAGGAUUACUCUGGUGGGUGUCAAAGAAAAACCAAUUUGCAGUGUGGGAAUUCAACAAGUGUUAUUGGGACAAAAGACCAGUUUCUAGAAAUGCAUAGCAUGUCAAUAUCUGAAAAUGAACUGCAUGUUAAGGUUGGGAAUGCUAAGGAAUGUGAAUCAAUCUGCUUAAAUAACUGCUCUUGCACUGCUUAUGCUUAUGAAAGCAGUAACGCAUGUUCAAUUUGGAUUGGAGAUCUCCUGGGUGUGCAAGAACUUGUGGCAGAUGAUGCUGGUGGAAGAACUUUAUACAUCAGACUUGCAGCUUCUGAGCUUAUGUAUCUUCAAAAUGGCAAGGGUGAUGCGGAUAAGCGCUCCCUUAUAAUUGCAAUGGUCUCAGCAGCAGCAGGGUUGCUUACGAUAUAUUUUUUCUAUUUCUUAUGGAAGAAAAGAUUGGGGAAGGGAAGGAAGCAGAGGAGGAAGUAUGGUGUGACUAAAAUAAAUUAUGGUGCUGGAGGCGGAAAAAAUGACAGAGAACUACCACUCUUCUGUUUAAAGAGUAUAUUAGAUGCAACAAACAGCUUCUCUGAAGCUAAUAAACUGGGAGAGGGAGGAUUUGGCCCUGUUUAUAAGGGGAUUUUGCCUGAAAAUCAAGAAGUAGCCAUAAAAAGACUGUCAAAGAAGUCAGGGCAAGGACAUGAGGAGUUCAUGAAUGAGUUAAAUCUUAUAGCCAAGCUCCAGCAUACCAAUCUUGUUAGGCUAUUAGGUUGCUGUAUUGAGGAGGAGGAACUGAUCUUGAUCUAUGAGUUCAUGCCCAAUCGAAGUUUGGACAAACUUUUGUUUGAUCCAUCUGAAAAUACAGAAUUAAAUUGGGGAAAACGCUUUCGAAUUAUAGAGGGUAUUGCUCAGGCAGUACUUUAUAUCCACAAGUAUUCUAGAUUAAAAAUCAUUCACAGGGACCUGAAAGCAAGUAAUGUUCUGUUGGAUGGAGCAAUGAACCCCAAAAUUUCAGACUUCGGAAUGGCUAAAAUUUUGGAGAUAAACCAGACUGAAGCAAAUACCAACAGGGUUGUUGGCACAUUCGGAUACAUGUCGCCAGAGUAUGCAAGAUAUGGCCAUUUCUCUGAGAAACUAGAUGUGUUUAGUUUUGGAGUGUUGUUGCUGGAGAUUGUAAGUGGAAAGAGGAAUGCUGCUUUUUAUCGCUUUGAACAUUCACCAACUCUUGCUGGAUGGGCAUGGGAAUUGUGGAAAGAAGGUAGACGAAUGGAGGUGAUUGAUGCAUCAGUAAGAGAAACAUGCCCCCCUGAUGAAGCUUCGAGGUGUAUCCAUAUAGGGUUUUUGUGUGUUCAGGAAGCUCCAGCUGAUCGACCAACAAUGGCUUCUGUAAUUCGUAUAUUGCAGGGCAAUGAAGCCACAUCACUUCCACCGUCCAAGGAACCCGCCUUUUCAACUAACAGGAAUUCCAUACCUGCUGUUGGUUCUUCUUCUCAAUUACCUGCCUUUUUUUCCAACAAUGCAGUCACCAUCAGUUUGCCAGACGCCAUGGACACCAAAACCAACCAAAAUUUUUUGUUGUCUGUUAUUUUUUUAUGCCUGUAUAUGAAAACCCAUGUUUGCCUUGUAGCUGACACCAUCACUGCAAACCAAUCUCUCUCUGGCGAUCACACCAUUGUCUCUGCAGGUGGGGUUUUUGAGCUGGGUUUCUUCAAACCAGGUAAUUCUUCAAACUACUACAUAGGCAUCUGGUACAAAAAAGUUUCUGUUAGGACCGUAGUGUGGGUGGCAAAUAGGGAACAGCCAAUCUCUGAUAGAUUUUCUUCAGUGUUGAAAAUAUCAGAUGGUAAUUUACUUCUCUUCAGUAAGUCCAAAGGUUCAGUUUGGUCCACAAGUGCGACCUCCACCACCACUACCUCAGCCUCAGGUUCUGUAGAAGCAGUUCUUUUAGACAAUGGUAACCUUGUCUUAAGAGCUGAUGGGUCUAGUGCUAGUACUAAAUCAGAGCCUUUAUGGCAAAGUUUUGAUCAUCCAGCCGAUACAUGGCUACCAGGAAGUAGAAUCGGAUUCAACAAAAUUACCAAACAAAGCCAGAUUCUCACUUCAUGGAAGAAUUCAGAGGAUCCUGCACCAGGUCUUUUCUCUUUUGAGCUUGACCCAAAGCGAAUCAACUCAUUUAUCAUACAGUGGAAUAAGUCUCAACAGUAUUGGACUAGUGGAUCAUGGGAUGAAAAUUCAGAUAAAUUCAGCUUGGAUCCUGAGAUGACGCUUAAUGAUGUUUUCAAUUACAGCUAUGUUACAAACGAAAAUGAAAGUUAUUUUACCUAUUCUCUUUAUGAUCCUAAGAGAAUAUCUCGAUACAUGAUGUAUACCUCAGGGCAAAUUCAGCAGCUAACAUGGUUGGAGACUACCAGCGCCAGGCAAUGGAAUUUGUUUUGGUCUAAACCAAAGGUUUAUGCCUUUUGCGGACCAUUCAGUAGUUACAAUGAGAAAUCCUUGCCUUUAUGUAGUUGUUUGAUGGGGUUUGAGCCAGAGUCACAUAGGGAUUGGAGUUUGCAGGAUUAUUCAGGUGGGUGCUUAAGAAAAACCACUCUGCCAUGUGGGAAUGCUGUCGGUGUUACUGGAACAGAAGACGGGUUUCUAGAAAUGCCUAGCAUGUCAUUGCCUGCCAGUGUUGAAGAUAAACACUAUAGUAUUGCUUAUGCUAAGCAAUGUAGAUCAAUCUGCUUAAGUAACUGCUCUUGCACUGCUUAUGCUUACAGCAGCACUGCUGGAUGUUCAAUUUGGACUGGAGAUCUAUUUGGUCUAAAGCAACUUUCACCAGAUGACAGUGAUGGAAGGACUUUGUACAUCAGACUUGCAGCUUCUGAGUUCAAGAAUCCCAAAAGUAAUAAGGAACUGUUUAUUGGUGUUGUGGGGAGUGACCAUUACUUGGAGCCAUCAUUUUUAAUUUGUCAACUGGAUCUUUUUGUUUUCUUUGCAGGUCAUAAGCGCUCCCUAGUAAUUGCAACAGUCUCAGCAACAGCAGGAUUGCUUACAAUAAUUUUUUGUUAUUUCUUAUGGAAGAAGACUUGGGGAAAGGGAAGGAAAUAUGGUGCUGGAAGUGGAAAGAAUGACGCAGGAUUACCACUCUAUCGUUUAAGGAGAAUUUUAGCUGCAACAAACAACUUCUCUGAAGCUAAUAAACUGGGAGAGGGAGGAUUUGGCCCUGUUUAUAAGGGGAUUUUGCCUGAACUCCAAGAAGUAGCCAUAAAAAGGCUGUCAAAGAAGUCAGGGCAAGGACAUGAGGAGUUCAUGAAUGAGUUGAAGCUUAUAGCCAAGCUCCAACACACCAAUCUUGUUAGGCUCUUGGGUUGCUGUAUUGAAAAGGAGGAAAUGAUACUGAUUUAUGAGUACAUGCCGAAUCGAAGUUUGGACAAAUUUUUGUUUGAUCCGUUGGAAAAAACAGAAUUAGAUUGGGGUAAACGCUUUCGAAUUAUAGAAGGUAUUGCUCAGGGACUACUUUAUAUCCACAAGUACUCUAGACUGAAAAUCAUUCACAGGGACCUUAAAGCAAGUAAUGUUCUUUUGGAUGGAUCAAUGAACCCCAAAAUCUCAGACUUUGGAAUGGCCAGGAUUUUUGGGAUGAACCAAACUGAAGCAAAUACCAACAGGGUUGUUGGGACAUAUGGCUACAUGUCACCUGAGUAUGCACUCUAUGGCCAUUUCUCUGAGAAACUGGAUGUAUUCAGCUUUGGAGUGUUGCUGUUGGAGAUUGUAAGUGGAAAGAAGAAUGCUUCUUUUUAUCGUUUUGAAAAUUCCCGAACUCUUGCGGGAUGGGCAUGGGAGUUGUGGAAAGAAGGCAGAGGAAUGGAGGUGAUUGAUGAAUCAGUAAGGGAAGCAUGUGAGCCUCAUGAAGCUCUAAAGUGUAUGCAUGUAGGGUUUUUGUGUGUUCAAGAAGAUCCAGCUGAUCGGCCAACAAUGUCUUCAGUUUUUCUUAUGCUGCAAGGAAAUGAAGCUGCAUCACUUCCACUCUCCAAAGAACCUGCUUUUUCAAUGCAUAGGAACUACCCCCGCGCUGCUGUCGGUAUCCCAGCAGUUACCAGUUUCUCCAACAAUGUAAUCACCAUAAGUAUCCCAGAAGGUCGAUAG